AUGGAAUUCAUGACUUAUCAACCGGCCAUCUUGGUCGAAGCCGAGAGUUUCGAAAAUUCUGGCGGUAGGGUGAUGGAAUUCCAGUUCGAUCUAGAAAAGGGCUCACCCUAUCUCCUAGCUCACGGCAACGGGCUGCCCGUCGCAGAUGCAACAACCUCCGUUGAUACUUCACCUGGUUCAUAUCAUGUGUGGGUGCGCGCCAAGGACUGGGAUCCAGGUCAUCAUCCUGGGAGGUUUACUCUGAUGAUCAACUGCAAAACACAUGAACCUGAAUUGCCGGAAGGCGCCCGCCUCACUGAUACCGGUGUUUACCUCGCGGCCAAAUCGAUCAAUGGAGCCGAACGUCUUAAACGACAUCCGUACGAUGUUAUCCACGCGAGAUCAGUCAUAUCCGCUUGGCGCGUCCCCUCUGGCAAACCAGUCAUCCUUUGGGGUCACGGCCUUCCUUGGAUUGCUGUGUCACGGCACGGUUAUAUUUUGUGGGGCGAAAAGCUCGCAUCCCGUAUGGGUUGGCUACUUGAUAUCGGUUCGAAAAAGGCGGGUUUCUCGGAGGAUGCAGGCUUCUUGGCUGGCAUUGUGCUGGCCCCUUGUGAUAUGUUGCCACUCGAACCUGGCACGUUCCAAGUGGAGCUCUUGAAGCACGUUAAUAACACAGUCGAUGUCGACCCUCUCCUGAAACAGAAGUGUCUGUGGAAAGCUCAAACUCACGUCUGCACCCACUGGGAAGAUCUCGUCAUCGAGCCGACCGAAGGCGGUCCUCGACUUCGGCGCAUGCAUCGUGGCGCUUUCUUCAAACGCUCAUGUGCUACAUUUUCAAAAGUUCUAUUCCUAAUUUGUGCGCAACACAAUGUUCUAGUAAGUUUGCAGGAAAUGGAUCAGCCGCCGAGUCGCCAUUUGGAGGUAUGA